AUGAAUAAUUUCACUAAACCUACGCAGAGCACUGUCGUCGUCCUAUCAGCCAUCGUAGCCUGUGCCUAUGCCGGGGGACUCCUAGGUGGCUACGGCCUCGGUGGUCUCGGAUACGGAGGAUAUGGACUUGGUUACGGUGACUACGGCCUCGGAUACGGCGGAGGCUACGGCGGCGGCUACGGCGGAGGCUACGGCGGAGGCUACGGCGGAGGCUAUGGCGGAGGCGGUGGAGGCUACGGGGUUGGUGGCGUAGGCAUCGGCAGCAGUGUCGCUCUUCUUAGUGGUGGUCCUCCCUUCGCCAAAGCCGUGGCCGGACCAGCCUUUGUGAUAAGGACGGUUCAUCACGUGAACAAAGUCAACGGCGGAGGAGCCGUUCUCGCUCACUCUGGCCUCGGUGGCGGUUAUGGAGGCGGCUAUGGAUAUGGCCGUGGCUACGGAUACGGAGGCGGCUACGGUUAUGGUGGUGGCUACGGUGGCUAUGGUUACAAGGGCUGAUUAACUUGACGAGGUGUGGAUGCAAUUUUUAUUCCUUGUGUAAAUGGAGCUUGUUAUUGCUGCUUGCGUUGAACUCAACACAGUGAGUACACGACUGCCUGUAGUGGCCUAAUAAGAAGAAGAACGAGUAAUUCCCUGAAGUGAGUCAUUGUUUAUUGACAUACCUCUUCAUCCAACACAUCGGUUUAUUGAAUACAUUGUACAUUUUAUUGUCUCCUAA